GCAGGCUUGGCGCUGGGAUGCGGCUGCGGGCGCCGCCGGAUCCUGGGAGCAGUUCAGGCGCGCGACUUAGCCCGGCGCGGUUUCCUACGGCAGGCGCGCGAUGCAGCGGACGGUGGCGCUGGUCCGGCGGGGCUACCGCCCCCGGGUCCCCGGCCCCUGGGGCCGUAGUCAGAGCAGCGCGGCCGCUGAGGCCUCAGCGGUGCUCAAGAUGCGGUCUGAGCGCAGCCCGCGCGAGCGCAUCCUCACGCUGGAGUCCAUGAACCCGCAGGUGAAGGCGGUGGAGUACGCCGUGCGCGGACCCAUCGUGCUCAAGGCCGGCGAGAUCGAGCUGGAGCUGCAGCGGGGUAUCAAGAAACCAUUUACUGAAGUCAUCCGUGCUAAUAUUGGAGAUGCCCACGCUAUGGGCCAGCAGCCUAUCACCUUUCUCCGACAGGUGAUGGCGCUCUGCACCUACCCAAACCUGCUAGACAGCCCCAACUUCCCAGAAGAUGCUAAAAAACGAGCUCGACGGAUACUACAGGCUUGUGGCGGGAACAGUUUGGGAUCUUACAGUGCUAGCCAGGGUGUCAACUGCAUCCGUGAAGAUGUGGCAGCCUAUAUCACUAGGAGAGAUGGUGGCGUGCCUGCGGACCCAGACAACAUUUACCUGACCACUGGAGCUAGUGAUGGCAUUUCUACAAUCUUGAAGAUCCUCGUCUCUGGUGGUGGCAAGUCACGGACAGGAGUGAUGAUCCCAAUCCCUCAGUAUCCCCUCUACUCAGCUGUCAUCUCUGAGCUCGAUGCCAUCCAAGUGAACUACUACCUAGAUGAGGAGAACAAAUGGGCACUCAAUGUGAAUGAGCUCCGGCGGGCAGUGCGGGAGGCCAAAGACCACUGUGACCCCAAGGUGCUCUGCAUCAUUAACCCUGGGAACCCCACAGGCCAGGUACAAAGCAGAAAGUGCAUAGAAGAUGUGAUUCACUUUGCCUGGGAAGAGAAGCUCUUUCUCCUGGCUGAUGAGGUAUACCAGGACAACGUGUACUCUCCGGACUGUAGAUUCCACUCCUUUAAGAAGGUGCUUUACGAGAUGGGGCCUGAGUAUUCCAACAACGUGGAGCUCGCUUCCUUCCACUCCACCUCUAAGGGUUACAUGGGCGAGUGUGGCUAUAGAGGAGGCUACAUGGAGGUGAUCAAUCUACACCCUGAGAUCAAGGGUCAGCUGGUAAAGCUGCUUUCUGUACGUCUGUGCCCACCAGUGUCUGGACAGGCUGCCAUGGACAUUGUUGUGAAUCCCCCAGUACCAGGAGAGGAAUCCUUUGAGCAGUUCAUCAAGGAGAAAGAGUCUGUCCUGGGUAAUCUAGCCAAGAAAGCAAAGCUGACAGAAGACCUGUUUAAUCAAGUCCCAGGAAUUCAUUGCAACCCCUUGCAGGGAGCCAUGUAUGCCUUUCCUCGGAUCUUCAUUCCUGCCAAGGCUGUGGAGACAGCUCAGGCCCAUAAAAUGGCUCCAGACAUGUUCUACUGUAUGAAACUCCUGGAGGAGACUGGCAUCUGCGUGGUGCCUGGCAGUGGCUUUGGACAAAGGGAAGGCACUUACCACUUCAGAAUGACCAUUCUCCCUCCAGUGGAGAAGCUGAAGACAGUGCUCCAGAAAGUGAAGGACUUUCAUAUAAAGUUCCUGGACAAGUAUGCCUGAGGAUGCCUCAGGCCCUGGAGGAGAUACCUUCCUUGGGUCUCCUCCUGAUGUCCACCCAGGACUCUCCCCUGACUGCCUCAGACCUCAUGGAGAUUGCUGGUUGUAUUCAUGGUUAUUUUGCCCAAGAGACUUCCUUCCUUGUGCCUUGAUGUUGGGAGCACUUCUCUUCUGAGAAAAUGUAAAUGCACCAUGUCUCACAGGGCCUGAUCUUUUAAUGCAACUGCAGUAGAGAGGAUUUGCUUAGCAGAUGUGGCCAACGUGCUCAAACCACCUGUUACUUUUGGAAAGUUUCUUUGGUGUUAGAAGCAGCAAGGACAUGUUGGGUGAGGUGUUUCAGAUCUAGAGAAAUGAGCAGGUGCUGGGAAAUAUAUGGCUCCAUCAUGGUAAAGAAUGAAAAUCCAGUAAUCAACAUUGUGAUAUCUGAAAUAAAGCCCUUAGUGGUGUAAAAAUCCAGUCCUUCAGAGCCUGAGGUCCAGUGGGGGCCCACAUCUUUCUGGCAGUCCAUCUUGGACAAGAAUGGGGAUAGCAGGAGUGCAGGGGUAGAGCAGGUUACCAAGUUAUGUUGUGGUAGACACUGAGGGAUAUGGCCAAGGUCAGAGGUCCUUUGAAGGUGUAGAUAUAGCUUCCAGUAGAGCAGUUUCCUCUUCUAAGCAAUACAGCAGGUAGUGGGAUUCAGUAUACACUGAGUGCUUUGGAGUGAAUUAUACUCUUGAACAUACUUAGGCCAAAUCCCUGGUCUGAGUGAUCUCAGUGGACUUUAGGGACACAGGGUAUAGUCCAGCAGUAUCACAGCUAUGUGGAGCUCUUCCUGAUAGCAUUCUGAUCUAUCCUAGUAGAAGAACAGUGACAAUUUUCUCAAGGGUUUGAGCAAGCCUUUUCACACAUUGCCCCCUACUGGUGGCAGCUAAAUCGACUGGAAAUGGCCCUGAGCCAGAUGUAGAAUCCUUAAAGACUUGAGCAACAAGCAGGCAAGCCACUGUAGUUUCAAUCUGAAUUUUGGCCAUUUUGGAGCUCUUAAUUAGUAAACAUUCUUGCUGUGGAGAAGUGAAUGUGAUCUGACUGAACAUUGAUGGAAGUGUUUUAACUGAGUGCAGAGUAUUUUGCCUUUACUGCUCCUGCUGUCCCUUCUAACACUAGAGAUGAUAUCCUAAAGCAUCUGCCAUCACUCCAGGCUGUACUGUUAGCAUCUACCAAGCAUGCAGCUUCCUUGAUAUCAGCAGUCUGGGGUGGAGCCAAUUUCAUGUCAAGGAAGCAGAUAGAACAGGCUAAGUACAUCCUCUUCCUUAAGAAGCCUUCUCCUUCCUCUCUGCCUUCUCCAGUGGAAAGUGAGGGAAGCAAUGACCAGUUCAAGAGCCUGAGGACACAGCAUGUCCCAUUGGGGAAGUGAGGGAGCUAAAGAGAGAAAUGAGAAGGGUUGCAGAAUGAAUUUGAAAUUGGUCCUCCUACUAUAAAUUUUCCCUUUGUGCAGGGGAAUUUAAUUGCUCAUUAGCAUUGUAGUAGUUGUGAAGCAGCCACAAAUCUCAGAGCAAAAGGGAAUGCUCUGGAGCUUUUCCUUUCUUAAAAGUUAGAAAGGUUGUGCUUGUGCUUGCUGUUGUAUGGCAUAAAAGCCAGAUAUAUCCCAGAGUCUUGAGAUUUCUGGUGGAAAGGUUAAACAGGAGCAGCAAGUAUAUUUUUUAUAUUUUUGUAACAAUUGUUUUUUUUCAUUGGGGGAGGGGGGUGAAAGGGUUAGUAUUUAUAAUCUUAACAAGUAUGGUAAUUUUUUAUGUCCUCUAGAUUAUAAAUAACCCACAAAACUUUGCAACGUUUACAUGACUUUUAAAAAAAUACUGUAAACACUUGGUUUGCUUUUAAAAAUAAAAGAAUAAUAAGAACAGGUAGAUUAGUUUCAGGUAAAUAUGAUGACCACGAUAGAUUGGUUUUCUAUAGAUUCUCUCUAAUGCUUUUCCUGUUCCGGCACUACCUAAGAAAGCUGUUUGUAACUUGGGGUCUCACUUUGACUGGACACCUGUGCAGUUUCUGUUGUUCACACAGAUCUGCGCAUGGGUGGCCAACCCUUGGCUCCUCCAUCGCCUCCUGCCUUGAGGCCAGGCUGGCUGUUUCUGUUCUGUGUGGGGUUUUCAGGAAGAAUAGUCACAACCUGCCCUUGGCUCUUUUCCAGUCUCAGUUCUCACAGGCAUCUGACAAAGGUACACUGCUGGAAAUUUCUAAACAAUAAAAUCUAUGU